GGUGGGGGGGGCACGAGGUCAGGAAGUAAGGAGGGCAGCUGCCGGGCCUCGCAAGGCAACUGCUGGUUAGGAGUCUGCAGCGCAGCCAAGGAUGGAUUCACACCAGGGCCUGGGGCCACCACCCCCCCUGGAACGCAGCGCCGCCGCAGUCGCCGUUUGGAGCCGGCAUGCCAGGCCCGGCCCGGGAGGGAGCCCUAGAGGGUGGCGCCCGGGGACCGCGCGGACCGGCGGCGACGCGCACCUGAGGGCGUUCUGUCCCCGCUGCUGAUUUACAGCCCGGACCUCGCAGGGGAGGAGGAGGCCUGGCCGGGGAGGGCGCCCCAACCCAGGGCCCGCCCGCUCUUUUCGCUUUCGUUUCCCGGCGGCGCUUGCUGACCGCGCCCUAGUUUCGUUGGCAAGCGCCGCGGGGCGGGACCCGGGGGCGCCCAUGGCCUUUGCCCUCCUGCCCCGCGCCCCACUGCUGCUCAUACGCCUCUCGGGACAGCGGCGCGUGGCGUGUGCUGGGACCAUGGCGUCGCCGCGCUGCUUCGCGCUCGAGCUGCCGGGCUGCACCUUGGCGCACUUCGCGGUUGGCACAGACGUCGCGGGCGCGCUCCCGGACCCCCGAGCCGCCGCGCUCCUGGGCCCCCCCGGCCGCAGCUACUCGCUGUGCGUGCCGGUGGCGCCGGGCGGGGACUGCGCGGCCCGGGUGCGUGCGGCGCGGCUGCACCAGCGCCUGCUGCACCAGCUGCGCUGUGGGCCCCUCCAGCGGUGUCAGCUGCGUCGGAUGCUGUGCUACUAUCCCGGCGGCGGGGCGGACGGCGUGCAGCACGGCGUCCUGCUCCACGACCCAGGCGACAGCCCCGAAACCCGGAGCGCGCUGCUCGCGCUGCUGGACUCGUACCUGGAGGCUCCGCGCCCGUGCCUGGGCGAGUUCGUGGGCGACCCGCGCCACCAGCUGUGGCAGUGCCUGUGGGAGCUAAGGGACGGCCAAGGGUGGCAGCAGGUGGGCCCCGAGCCCGUUGUGCCCACCCCGGAGCCCGCGCUGCACCCGGUGGUGCCCGACCUGCCCAGCUCUGGGGUCUUCCCCCACCGGGCAGCCGCCCGCGCUGUUUUGGAGGCGAGUAUACCCUUCAUUCCCGAAGCCCGGGCCGUGCUUGACCUGGUCGACCAGUGCCCAGAACAGGUCCAGAAAGGCAAGUUCCCGGUCAUUGUCAUUGAAGGACUGGAUGCCACAGGUAAAACCACUGUGACCCAGUCAGUGUCCGAUUCACUCAAGGGCAUCCUCUUAAAGUCACCACCUGAUUGCAUCAGCCAGUGGAGGAAACUCUUUGAUGAUGAACCAACUAUCAUUAGAAGAGCUUUUUACUCUUUGGGCAAUUACAUCGUGGCUUCUGAAAUAGCUAAAGAAUCUACCAAAUCUCCCGUGAUUGUAGACAGGUACUGGCACAGCACAGCCACCUAUGCCAUCGCCACCGAGGUGAGCGGGGGUGUCCAGCACCUGCCCCCGGCCCAUCACCCCAUAUACCAGUGGCCGAGGGACCUGCUCAGACCUGACCUGGUCCUGCUGCUCACCGUGAGCCCCGAGGAAAGGAUAAAGAGGAUCCAGGCCCGUGGCAUGGACAGGACCAGAGAGGAAGCUGAACUGGAGGCCAACAGCAUCUUUCGUCAGAAGGUAGAAGAGACCUACCAGCGGAUGGAGAAGCCUGCCUGUCUCGUCGUUGAUGCCAGCCCCUCAAAAGAAAAGGUCCUCCAGGUGGUUUUAAGCCUAAUCCAAGACAACUGUCAUUAAUUAUGGUUACUCGGGGCCAGGUGACACAUUUUACUUGAUUUGGUGUUGUUUGAUACAUAUCAGCCCACGACUGGUUGUGCGAUUUCCCAGAUCUCUGUGUCCUAAGUCUGAUGUGUGGCAGAAAAUUGGAGACUUGGACAUUUCAAUUUUACCUCAACCAUCGUGCUUACUUCUGACCGACGGACCCAUCCAGGUUGAGGCUGGGUCAUGUUCUCGCCAGAGGCCAGUGGUUGCUUUCUGCCUAGUAUAAUAAACAUGUUUUUGGAACGUAUUUUUAACUACAUGUGUACUAAACGCCUCCAAGAUUUGUCUCAUCCAGAAAGCACGAGAUGCACACAAGCAACCAGAAAUAUCUUCCGAGUCGACGGCAGUCCUUCCCUCCCCAUACCCCAGCCCUCCGCAGGCCCACACCUGGCUCACUGAUGAGACCGGGACGUAGUCAAUGUUGACGUCCCAACCUGGCCACACUCUAGGACACUUAGCCCAACUCCUGGAGCCACACGAUCCCGGAGGACAUGUCUGUGUGUCCUGCCUGUUGGAAGACGCUCCCACGGAGUGGUCUUGUGGGUGGGGGACCCUGAGCAGAAGGCACCUGACUUGCAUGUGCAGCUCGCAGUCCUCUCGUCAGCACUUCAAACAGAGAGACAGCCAACCCAAGAAACUCUAAGUACAGAUACACCAACCUCGUUUGGAUUAUACUGUGCUUGUUUAUAUUCCUGUCCUUCCCUCCGAAUAUAAUGAGUGUUUUGCACUGAACCACAUACAUUAAACUUACAUUGAUGUUUCCAUCAUGUUUUUCCACGUUGUAGGGGCUGCGCUUCCCUAAUUAAAACGGAAGCCGAGAAGCUACUGCAGUGUUUCUUGUGUAUUUUCAUUCCACAGAUUUCACUUAUCUUAAUAAGCACAGUGGAUCCGAGAAUGGGAUUUCUUAGUGAGUUAUCUUGCACUUGAAUGUCUUAUGAUUGCACAUGAACUCAGCUUUGAGAUCUGUUUGGCUAGAGAAAAAUAGCAGAGGAAAGAGGAAACUUUAUGGGUUUGUGGCUGUGUAAGCCAUUUAACAUCAGUAGUUCAUGUAACUGUAUCUAAAAUGUGACAGUAAUUCCUUAUGUGUCUUAAGGAGCUGGCUGAACCCGGUGAUUACCUAAUAUUCCUUCCAUUUCUGAGACAGACGAAUCUGCAAAUUAUUUUGGGGAAAUGCCUCAAGAAGAUGUUCCCCCCGAAUAAUUAAAUUGAAGGCCUUAUCAGGUUUUAUCCUGUGGCAUCUCCAAUUAUAAUAAAGUUUAGUAUUAACUGUAUUGUACUAUUUUCCAAAAGAAUGAAAUCACUUAUACAUAAUAUAUCUACGUAUAUAAAUAUGACAUUGGUUUCAGUUGAAAAUAUUUUUAAAGCUGAUAUAAUUGUGUUAGGUUUCUCUAGGAUGUGAUAUCCAACUAUGUUAUUGGUGUUAAUUACUUACAACAUUCUGAAGAGCUUAUGCUGGCGCCUAGAAAAACAAGCAUUGGAUGCCUCCUUUGUGUACCUUGCAAAUGAGUAAACUGGCCCUGGCUUUCUAAUCUGUGCUGUUGUCACAAGUGUGUGUUGGUUUUCCGAAGGUGCUGGUCUUGCUCGGAGGGAAUUUGUGGUCGAGGCAGUGGAGAAGCUGAGUGCCCGGGUCAGGGCAAUGUCAUCAGAGUGUUUUCUGAGCAAAAGGAGAGCACUUCUGUUUUGUUUCAGACAUCGUUUCAAGAAAAUGCAACCCCUUCUCCUUGCAAACAUUAACGGGAGUUCCCUCUCAUCCACUAAGAAAUGAUUCUCUGUACACUCGGGCUCCUUGUGCUCUGAUAGCUACACGCUUGGUGAGUCUGAGAUAAGACAGCUCCGCCUACCAAGAAACUGACAACGAGAAACCAUUCGCUUGGCUCGGUUUCAUUACAAGGUGACUUGGGUUCUGUUCCUGGGAUAGACCUUUAGCUGUGCUAAAUAUUUCUCCUCCCUUUCUGCCACAGUAAUAGAAUUUUAGAUCAGCACACGGUGGCCCGCAAUACGAGCACAUUUCCAAGCUUCCCUUACUGUCAGCCGGGGUGGCUCACAGGUUCUUCCAAUAGUCCAUGAGCAGAAGGGACCUGUGGGAGGUCGGGGGAGGGCGUUCCUCUCCCCUUUUAACCUUUCACACUGGCUGGUCAUCACUGGUGGUAGUGAGCCAUGUCAGGACCAAGUGACCAGGGUGGCACCGUAGCGAUGGGGCAGCAAGAGGCGAUGGGGAAUGCCGUAUGGAGCAGGACUAGGUAUGAAAGGGUCCGAUGCUGCACCGGAAAGGGCAUAUCCACCCAGGAAGCAGCUGGGGAGCAGACCGAGCUCGUGUGGAGACACUGGGUGGCCACCUUCUCCGUUUCCUCCCAUCUCAGUGGCACUUGUCUGGGUGUUUUGUUUGUUUUGUUUGUUUUCUAGACCAGAAUCUCCUUUUGUGCUGACUCUUCUCUCUGUGAAAUCUCUUCUAGGAGUAAUUGUGUAGCAUCUUAAAAACAUUUCGGCCCUGGGAUCUUUUCGAAAUGUAUACCAAGGAAAUAAUCAGUGAUACCCAUAAAAAUGUUCUGUCAUAUCUGCAUAGUUCACUUUGAGUAGUUGGGAUAUGUUUAUGUAAAUGCAUAAUGUAUAUUUACAUAUAAUAGAUGUUGAUUAAAUACAUUAGGGGAAAUCCUUUGAUGGACUGCAAAGCAGAAUGCAAAGCACCUAAGAAGGUAUAAAGUAUCAAAAACACUUUUCUCCCAGUGACAGCCAGUGAUUUCAAUUUCAGCAAAAAGCGAAGAAACAGCUCACACCAUCUUACCCACUGCCGAGGGUGGGCAGAGUCAGAACCAGAUUCCGUGGACGUGAGCAGGCAGAGGACUGCAGGAAGACAGUGUGUUUCAGGCCUGUGGCUUUCUCGCCAUUCGAGGUGCUGUUUUGCUUUGAAUUCUGAACCCAGGGGUCAGAAGCUAAGCUCUGUUUCACACUAACAAAUCCAUCCACUAGCCGGUUCAUUUUAACCUCCAGGUUUCUGUAAACGCAGCUUUCUUCGUAUACUCAGAUAUUUUCUUAGUAUGAGCAGGGAGAGGAAAAAUGGUGCUGCCUCCUCCCCUUCCUGCCCCCCCAGGAAGGUAUUUUUUUUUCCUCAUUUCAAAAGUGUGGUAAUUUCCUGAAAUUCAUUCCAUGUACAGCUGCAAUCUACAUAGGGGAAAGCGUUCCUUUAUAUGGUCGCUAAUUAGCUGGUCUUCCUCAGAGCAGCAUAGCUGGUCAGUAGAGGAAAACUAUUUAGUCCUAUCAGGAUUGAAACUUAACAUAAUUUGAACUUUUAACAGUUCCUCUAGGUAAUACACGCCCUUUUCUUAGAGAAAAGCUUGGCCUCUUGCAUGUUUUAGUCUUCAAAGGCCCGCUCUGGCCUCACUCCAGGAUGGACUCAGGGUGCCUGGGGCAAGAGUGUCAUCUGGGCAGUGUGGGGAGGGGACGAUGGGCCUGUGGUCACGUUAUCCUCUCGUUGACUGUGUGUGGACCGUCCUGCGGGUGUGGGCGGGUUAGAUGUGUUUCUGGUAGCCCUUCGUGACAAACAUGGCCUCCGCUGCGGCCUCAUGGUGUCUGGAUCUGAGUGUCUGCCUUCCAUCGGCCCCAGCCAGGGUCCCCCUCAGGCCCAGCUCCAGUCCCACAGCCAUCAGAGCCCGUCUCUGGGGGCCCUAUACUCUCAGGGCCUAUUCAGAGGUCACUGAACUGAGAGCAGUCAGGAAUGUCUGUGUCCCCUCGGAACCAUUCCGUGCAGUCUGGUUUGUUUAGACGUGACUUUUUUCCAGGUUGGCUCAGAGAAGUUCCUGGUCAAAGAGGGAGAGAUGCAUGCUGUCCACAUCCGCCUCACUGAACUGUUACUCUCUGUUCCACGGCAAAGCCUGGAGAUAGGAAAAGGGGACGCAUGCACCUCACCAUCUCACACUUUAUUUUUUUUUUUUCCCUUGGGAAGCAAAUCGAAUCUUCCAUUUGCGUACCAGGUUCUGGAUUUCACAGUGAUGUCCUUUGGUGGGGUUCUGUCUUCAUCUGUUUUGUGCGGGGCCCUUGCUGGGUCCUUUCAGCCUGGAAAUGUAUGUUCUUGAGUUCUUGGAAAUUUCCUUGAAUUGUUUCCUUGAUGAAUUAUGCUCCUCACUUUUUUUCUUUUUUUCUGUAUAGCCUGUUAUUCAGAUGUUGGACAUUUUGGACUGGUUUUCUAAUUUCCUUAUCUUUUCUCUCACAUAUUACCUUUUUUCUACCUUUACUACAUUUUAUAAUAUUUAUUCAACUUGGUGUUUAAAAUCGUCUAUUAAGAUUUUCAUUUCUGCUAUCAAGUUGCCAAAUUCUAAAAGCUUUCCUGUCUUCUCUUCUACCCUCCCUUUCUUUCUUUCUUUCUU